CGUCCAAGUAUUGUAUCCAUGUUAAUUAAAAAAGAGUUCAAAAUUACCGGUAAGAAGAACAACGGCGAAAGACCAGAUAUUUGAUAGAUAAGCUCUUCUCUUCUACUGCGUUAAAGGUCUCAACUUGCUCAACCCAAACAGUUCAUCUCCUAGCCUAAUGAAUCAGCUUCAACACGAAGACUUCAUCCAAUCCCCAAAUCCACCUUCAGAUCCGGGCCUGCCUUCUUCCUCCGCUCGCUCCCAACCCACUUCCAGUAAAAGACCUGAGGGGGAAACCAAGGAUGGCACAGUUGCAAGAAAGCUUCAGAAGGCUGACAGAGAGAAGUUGAGGCGGGAUCGAUUAAACGAGCACUUUAUCGAAUUAGGAAGUGUUUUAGAUCCUGACAGACCAAAAAAUGACAAAGCAACUAUCUUAACCGAUACUAUCCAAUUGCUGAAGGAUUUGACAUCACAGGUUGACAAACUUAAAGCUGAAUAUACUAUGCUAAAUGAAGAAUCUCGCGAGUUGACACAGGAGAAAAAUGAUCUCAGAGAAGAGAAAACCUCUCUCAAGUCUGACAUUGAAAACCUUAACGUUCAGUGUCAGCAAAGAGUGAGAACGAUGUUUCCUUGGGCUGCUAUGGAUCACUCAGUUGUCAUGGCACCAACUUCAUACCCAUAUCCAGUUCCAAUAUCAAUGCCUCAAGGGCCCAUUCCUAUGCAUCCGCAUAUGCAGCCAUAUCCGUAUUAUGGAAAUCAGAAUCCAGGCGUCAUUCCUAACCCCUGUUCAACUUUUGUUCCAUAUAUAACUCCGAGUACCCUGGUUGAGCAGCAGUCUCAACAGUACGUGUCUCCAGUUGUUCAACCAGUCCGCCGGUCCAAUGUUUCUGGCAAACAAGAUUCUAGAAAUAAGUCCUCAGGAGAAAGCAAGAUUGAAAAAAGUGAGGAUUCAAGUGAUGUUGCCACAAAUCUGGAGUUGAAGACUCCUGGAUCUGCAACAGAUCAGGAUUCAGGUCAAGGGCAAUCUCAAAGAUAUGUGAGUAAGGAAUGUAAAAUCACUGAAAAAAGCUCUUCAAGUAGAUGUUCUUCUUCUCGAAGCGUGCAAGACAGCUCAUCUAAUAGCAUAGUUAGCAGCAGAAAGCCCGAUAACCAAAAAAAAGAUUGAAGGCAAAGAUUACAACAAAAACAGGUCUCUCUUGCGUGAAUGCAGCAAGACUGGCGGUUUGUAUUUAGAAUUCUAAUGUUGUUGACAAUGAAUAUGCUUUUAAGAUAAUUUGUAAAUGCACAAUUCACAAUGACGUAAUGAGAAAAGAUUCUUAAUAUUGAUUUGCU